CAAAGACAGAAAGCUGCUCAGCUAUAACAAGGUGGAUUAUUUUUUUACUCUGGCAUUUCUGAUACCAGUCUUUUAUUUGUUUCGGUUGGUUUUCAAAAAAAGUGCCUUUCCUUCAAAACUGCCAGAAAAGCACUGAAGUAAAAACAAUAUUAUUUACCUGAGGUCAUAUAUGAUGUGGAUUUUCCUUGGAUUUUACUAACAUCUUCAGAGGACAAGUAUUUGAAUCCUGAGCUGAUCGAGUCAAGACUAGACAAUGCCUGGUUCUGUUAAACUACGCAGCAUAAAAAAAAUAGGACACGAGAACAACGCCUAUGAAUUCUCUGAUCCAUUUGACAGCAAAAGGGAUUAUAUGGAUGAGAAAUCCUCAAAAGAUGAAAGCAGGUCAAACAAUAAGAAAGAAGAGGCAGCCAUUAGGAUUGGCUUCUUUCAGUUGUUUCGGUUUGCCACCUGCAAAGAAACAUUUAUGAUGGUUAUGGGGAGUUUGUGUGCAGUUGUACAUGGUUCAGCACAGCCUUUGAUGUUGCUGGUGUUUGGAAUGCUGACUGACACUUUCAUUGAAUAUGACAUUGAACUGCAGGAACUUGUAAACCCUAACAAGCACUGCAUUAAUAAUACAAUACUUUGGAAAAAUCAGACAUUUGAAUAUAACAUGGACAUGAACAUGACUAAAUCCUGUGGGCUGUUAGACAUUGAAAAAGAAAUGACCAAAUUUGCUUUGUAUUAUGUUGGCAUUGGAUCUGGGGUCUUCCUCCUGGGAUAUUGUCAAAUCUCUCUCUGGGUCGUGGCAGCCGCCCGUCAGAUUCAGAAAAUCAGGAAGUUGUAUUUCAGGAAGGUGAUGAGAAUGGAUAUUGGCUGGUUUGACUGCAAUUCCGUGGGAGAGCUUAACACAAGGAUGUCAGAUGACAUCAAUAAAAUAAAUGAUGCCAUUGCCGACCAAGUCGGGAUAUUCAUUCAGCGCUUUACUACUUUUAUCUGCGGGUUCCUGAUGGGGUUUGUCCGAGGAUGGAAGCUCACGCUAGUGAUUCUUGCUGUCAGUCCACUGCUAGGAGUAGGGGCAGCGCUCAUGGCUUUGUUUGUUGCUAAACUCACUGGGUGGGAACUGCAAGCUUAUGCUAAAGCAGGAUCAGUGGCUGACGAGGUUCUCUCUUCCAUAAGGACAGUGGCCGCUUUUGGAGGGGAGAAGAAAGAGGUUGAAAGGUAUGAUAGGAACCUUAUCUCCGCCCAGAGCUGGGGGAUCCGGAAAGGCUUGAUCAUGGGCUUCUUCACAGGUUAUAUGUGGUUCAUUAUCUUUCUCUGCUAUGCGUUAGCUUUCUGGUAUGGAUCCAGUUUGGUUGUGGACACUCAAGAAUACAGUCCAGGGACACUGUUGCAGGUGUUUUUCGGAGUGCUUAUUGGGGCCUUAAACCUGGGACAGGCUUCCCCAUGCUUAGAAGCCUUUGCUUCUGGACGUGGAGCAGCAACAAUUAUCUUUGAGACCAUUGACAGAGAGCCAGAAAUUGAUUGCAUGUCAGAUGCUGGAUACAAAUUAGACAGAAUUAAAGGAGACAUUGAGUUCCAUAAUGUCACUUUCCACUACCCCUCAAGACCUGAUGUCAAGAUUUUAGAUCAGCUGAACAUGGUCAUCAAGUCGGGAGAAACGACAGCUUUCGUGGGACCUAGUGGUGCUGGUAAAAGCACGGCUGUUCAGCUCAUCCAGCGGUUUUAUGACCCCAAGGAAGGCAUGGUGACUCUGGAUGGCCAUGACAUACGUAGCCUGAAUAUCCAGUGGCUGCGCUCUCUGAUUGGCAUAGUGGAACAAGAGCCCGUUCUGUUUGCCACCACCAUUGCUGAGAAUAUUCGCUACGGGAGGGAAGAUGCGUCAAUGGAAGACAUUGUGAGAGCAGCCAAGGAGGCCAAUGCCUUCAGCUUUAUCAUGGACUUACCACAGAAAUUUGACACCCUGGUGGGGGAGGGCGGAGGACAGAUGAGUGGGGGCCAGAAGCAGAGAAUCGCCAUCGCUCGAGCUCUCGUCAGGAAUCCCAGAAUCCUGCUGCUUGACAUGGCCACCUCCGCGCUCGACAACGAGAGUGAGGCUGUGGUACAAGAAGCACUAGACAAGGUGCGGAUGGGGCGCACCACUAUUUCCAUAGCCCAUCGUCUUUCAACAAUCAAGAACGCUGAUGUGAUCGUGGGCUUUGAACAUGGCCAAGCUGUGGAGAGGGGGAAGCAUGACGAGCUUCUGGAAAGAAAAGGGAUUUAUUUCACUUUAGUGACUCUUCAAACCCAAGGAGACAAAGCCCUCAAUCAGAAGGCUCGGCAAAUGGCUGAGGAUGAAGUGCCUGAAGAAUGCGAGACGAGGAGUAUGUUGCGGGCAGGGAGUUACCGGGCUAGUUUACGAGCUUCAAUUCGCCAGAGGUCUAGAUCGCAGUUGUCCAACGUCAUACCAGAGUCCUCUGUGCCUAUUGCGGGUGAAUUGGGACCAAGAUCCUACACUCAGUCUGUUGCUUCACAGGAUGUCAAAAGUAAGACUGAGGAGGAAGAGGAGCCAGUGGAGCCAGCUCCUGUGGCCCGGAUACUGAAGUACAAUGCGCCAGAAUGGCCCUACAUGUUGUUUGGUACUUUGGGGGCUGCGGUGAACGGGGGAGUAAGCCCCAUGUAUUCUCUCCUGUUCAGCCAGAUUCUUGGAACAUUUUCAAUGCCCGAUACAGAACAACAGAAAAGAGAAAUCGAUGGAAUUUGCUUGUUUUUUGUGUUCAUUGGACUCAUUUCGUUUUUUACACAAAUGCUGCAGGGAUAUGCAUUCUCCAAGUCAGGGGAACUUCUUACCAGAAGACUUCGCAAGCUGGGCUUUCAAGCCAUGCUGGGACAGGAGAUCGGGUGGUUUGAUGACCACAGGAACAGUCCAGGAGCACUGACCACAAGACUUGCCACAGAUGCUUCCCAAGUCCAGGGAGCCACAGGCUCUCAGAUAGGCAUGAUAGUGAACUCUCUGACUAAUGUUGGAGUUGCCAUCAUUAUCUCAUUCUACUUCAGCUGGAAACUCAGCUUAGUCAUCAUGUGUUUCUUGCCGUUCUUGGCAUUAUCUGGUGGAUUUCAAGCAAAAAUGCUGACAGGCUUUGCAAAGCAGGACAAGGAUGCGAUGGAGGCAGCAGGAAGGAUUUCAGGAGAAGCGCUGAACAACAUUAGAACAAUUGCUGGCCUUGGGAAAGAGAAGGCGUUUGUUGAAAUGUACGAGGCGCAGCUUGAAGCUCCAUAUAAGGCAGCCAUUAAAAAAGCCAAUGUAUAUGGAGCUUGCUAUGGUUUUGCUCAGUGUGUGGUGUUCAUGGCCAACUCAGCGUCUUACAGGUUUGGAGGAUACCUGGUCAGUGAAGAGGGACUCCACUUCAGCUACGUGUUCAGAGUGAUCUCGGCUAUAGUCACAAGUGGAACUGCUCUGGGGAGAGCUUCGUCCUAUACACCAGAUUAUGCAAAAGCCAAAAUCUCGGCUGCGAGGUUUUUUCAACUUCUUGACCAGGUUCCCAAAAUCAAUGUUUAUAGUGAGGAAGGGGAAAAAUGGUCAAACUUCAAAGGAGACAUUGAAUUCACGGACUGCAAAUUCACAUAUCCAGCCCGGCCAGAUAUCACAGUGCUCAAUGGCUUGUGUGUGUCUGUGAAGCCUGGACAGACCUUGGCCUUUGUAGGAAGUAGUGGCUGUGGUAAGAGUACAAGUGUUCAGCUGCUGGAGAGAUUCUACGAUCCAGAUGAGGGAAAAGUACGGAUAGAUGGACAUGACACCAGGAACGUCAAUGUAUCCUUCCUGAGGUCAAAAAUUGGAAUUGUUUCUCAGGAGCCUGUAUUGUUUGACUGUAGCAUUGCUGAAAAUAUUAAAUACGGCAUCAACAUGCAUGAAGUCAGCAUGAAUGAAGUCAUUUCUGCUGCAAAAAAAGCUCAGCUGCAUGAUUUUGUCAUGUCCCUGCCUGAGAAGUACAACACCAAUGUUGGUUCCCAGGGGUCACAGCUAUCUCGUGGACAGAAGCAGCGUAUUGCCAUUGCUAGAGCCAUCAUUCGAGAUCCAAAGAUUUUACUGCUGGAUGAAGCAACAUCUGCAUUAGACACAGAGAGUGAAAAGACUGUCCAGGCUGCGUUGGACGAAGCCAGACAAGGAAGGACUUGCAUUGUCAUUGCUCAUCGCCUAUCGACAAUUCAGAAUUCCAAUAUUAUAGCUGUGAUGUCUCGAGGAUAUGUGAUAGAGAAAGGUACCCAUGAUGAACUCAUGGCAGUAAAAGGCGCUUAUUACAAGCUAGUCACAACAGGUGCACCUAUUAGCUAAUCGUUUUGUUACGAUUGUCGUGGUCGCACGAUAACACAAUUAUGCACCCACAAAAUGUGAUAUUAUGCAGGUCCGUCACAUCUUUGUGUAUACAUAAUUGCUGAGGCUGUGAUGAGCAUUAUGGAGGAUUUAAUUUCAUUGUGAUGGUUGACAGAUUCAAAAGCCCCCAAAUAUAUUCAUACACUUACUGAGCUAUAAACGUUGAUUUAGCACAGAACAUGUAGGUGUGUACAUUUUUUCAGUAUCUCUGAAUUGAAAUCUUUUAAAAAUGGAUACAAAGGCGUACAGAACACUGAACAGUAAAUACAAUUACUAAAAAAAACAAUUCGUUUUUCUAAAUGCACUAUGUCAAAAUGUGUUAAUUCCCUGUAAAUGUGUUGGAAAUAAUAACUGUCCAUGUAAUCUUCUAAUGUUAUUUAGUUAUCUGGUCGUUUCACAAAAGGCUCAGGAAAGUUAACAUAAGUUGAACAAUAAAACCUUAUACUCAGUGCCUCAUCUCUAGGAAAAUUAGGGAACUGUCCAAAAAUCUAAGGUAAAAGAUUAAUCUCCUUCAAUCACUGUACAUACUAUUACUGUAUAUACAGUAUAAAUCCAUAAGACAUCCAAGUUUUGACUGUGGAUACCAACAUGUGAAAGGCUAGGUGACACAUGAGGGCAACAACCCGUUGUGAAUAUGCAAACUAUGGCAAGUGUCUCUAUUGGGAUAGUGUCUCUAAUUACUACUGUUCAAUCAUGGCAUGAAUCUGGUUAAUGUCUGUAACAUAGCAAUAUAAAAGAAAAGACACAUACAUGCCAAAUUUGACGUGUAUUUUUAUAUAUGACAUUAUACAUUAUACAUACUGUAUAUUUGACAUUAUAAAGCAGAACUGCAUUAUGUGGCUCGAUGGAAUAUAUGCUGUACUGAAUUAAAUUGUUUCUAUUCUAUAUCUUCUGGUGUUGGGGACCUUAUUAAAACUGAGGGCACUUGUCAGAGGCAAUGAAAUUCUUAUUGUUGUGUGAACAAUUCUGAAAACUAUGCAAUUGAAUUGCAACCAAUAGCAAAUAAGUAUUUGCAUUUUUCCUAAAAAUGUAUUUAAGCAUAUUACAUUGUACCAAG